AUGCUUGUACAUCUUGAUAAUCUUGGUCAAACAACAGCUAGUACAGGGUCAGUUACAGGACACGUGGAAACAACAGCUAGUACAGAGUCAGGUACACACGUGGAAACAACAGCUACUACAGGGUCAGGUACACACGUGGAAACAACAGCUAGUACAGGGUCAGGUACACACGUGGAAACAACAGCUAGUACAGGGUCAGGUACACACGUGGAAACAACAGCUACUACAGGGUCAGGUACACACGUGGAAACAACAGCUAGUACAGGGUCAGGUACACACGUGGAAACAACAGCUAGUACAGGGUCAGGUACACACGUGGAAACAACAGCUACUACAGGGUCAGGUACACACGUGGAAACAACAGCUAGUACAGGGUCAGGUACACACGUGGAAACAACAGCUAGUACAGGGUCAGGUACACACGUGGAAACAACAGCUAGUACAGGGUCAGGUACACACGUGGAAACAACAGCUACUACAGGGUCAGGUACACACGUGGAAACAACAGCUAGUACAGGGUCAGCUGCAGGCGUGGAAACAACAGCUAGUACAGAGUCAGGUACACACGUGGAAACAACAGCUAGUACAGGGUCAGGUACACACGUGGAAACAACAGCUAGUACAGGGUCAGGUACACACGUGGAAACAACAGCUAGUACAGGGUCAGGUACACACGUGGAAACAACAGCUACUACAGGGUCAGGUACACACGUGGAAACAACAGCUAGUACAGGGUCAGCUGCAGGCGUGGAAACAACAGCUAGUACAGAGUCAGGUACACACGUGGAAACAACAGCUAGUACAGGGUCAGGUACACACGUGGAAACAACAGCUAGUACAGAGUCAGGUACACACGUGGAAACAACAGCUAGUACAUCUAGUACAGGGUCAGGUACAGGCGUGGAAACAGGAGAUCCCGGACAGAUGAAGGAAGAGUCUGAUGUUCCUUCAUCCAGUGUGUUCAUGGCCUAUUUCAUAACGGCAUGCGUCCUAUGUAUUGCUGCAUAUUUGAUGUACCACAAAAGAAACACGAUAAUAGCUUUCAUCAUCGAGGGUCGCGGAGAACUCAUGAGGCGGCGAACCGAUGACCGUGGCGACUACAAGAGACUGUAGUGCAAUACAGAACAGGUGAUGCCGUCAUUCGAGAACUAUCUACACUAAACUCUCAUUUCAUCAAUUGCGCCACUGGAUACCAAAAAACAAGUCUGAUAGUCUGGUGUCCUUUUUGAAAUGUUUGCUUCCUUUUUAGUCCAUGUUUGUCUUUCUUAAAUGUAUUGAGAUAUUUAAGUGCCACUACUGGGUGGAAGCAAU